AUGCGUCUCUGCGCGACCAUAUCAACUGCGGCCCUGAUGCUGGCCUCAGUACCGGCAUCAACCGCCUCAUCCUGCGGCGCUGUCAAGAUCAGUCAGCUCAGCGUCGAUGGCCGUACUGACGCGCCGCUCGGUCUCGGCAAUCCUCGCCCUACUCUCGCAUGGCAGAUGAUACAAACUCGAGACUGUCCCGAGUCUGAUGACAUAUGCCCGGCCGACCGACAAACAGCCUACGAGAUACAGGCAGCCGCCACCGUUGACGACCUACUGGCCGGCCGCCUCAUCUGGAAGAUCUGGGAUGCUCUUGGGCAGCCCUCGGGCUGGUCAAGGCCGUCUACGUGGACUAUCGGCCUGCUCGAUCAGUCUGACUGGGGCCGAGCCCGUUGGAUCGACUAUCCUGACCGGAAUGAUAGCCAGCCACUGCCGCUCUUUGCCCGCCCCUUCGACAUUCCCAGCGGCAAAGUUGUCGCUGAUGCCCGUCUGUACAUCUCAGGAGUUGGCAUGCACCACGCUACCGUCAAUGGCGAGGAUGCCACGGACGAGGUCCUGGCCCCUGGCUACUCCAACUACCAACUCUCCAGCGAAUACCGCACCUACGAUGUCAUGAACGCUCUGAGGCCCGGCCCCAAUGCUGUUGGCGUCAGCUUGGGCAACGGACCGGCUUACGUUCGUCGCAAUGUUCGAAACCCGGCUGUUGGACGCAACGCCCCCUAUUCUUGGUGGGAAAGCCAACUCAUGGGCAACGGCACUCUUUCUGCCGAUGUCGCAACGGGAAGCAGCAAUGUUCGAUUGAGUUCUGUCGCUAGGUACAACAUUGGCGGUUCAAUCAAUAUUGACACAGGCGACGGUGGUAACCGGCUUGAGUCGCGUGUCAUCACGGCCAUUGACAACGAUACCUCCAUCAUUUCUUUCACUCCCGCGCUUGAGCAGUCGCACGAGGCGGGUGCCAAGGUUACCGGCUCGGGCAACAAUAUCGCGGCGAGUGACCCCUCGGCCGGCGCUGCCGUCACUCCGCGCUUCAUUGCUCGUUUGGAAAUCAUGUUUGGCGAUGGGAGCUCCACCAUUAUUGUUACCGAUCGCUCCUGGCGCACAGCCCUUGGUCCCCUUGUUACCGACGCGUGGUACUCUGGUUCCGACUACGAUGCUCGUCGAGAACAACUUGGCUGGGACCAGCCAGGGACCGAUCUCAAGCCGUCCGCUUGGACAUCGGCUGGCAUCGCACCUGCUCCCAACCUCGCCACCAGACUGGUUGCCCGUGCCGCCGAGCUGAUCAAGGAACAGGAACGCUUCACCCCGGUCUCGGUCACCAACCCCGUCCCUGGUAUCUGGGUGUUUGACUUUGGCCAGAACAUCGUUGGCUGGCCCCUUAUCACCCUCCCUGAGCUGCCCGCCGGCGUCACGAUCAAGGUCGCGCCUGCGGAGGGCCUCAACGCCAACGGAACGGUCAACCAGGCAAGUCUAGGCCCCAGGCCUCGUGGCAGCGAUUUGUUCAACACCUAUACUACAGCUGGUCGGGCUGGCGGCGAAACGUGGCACCCCCGGUUCAACUAUUUUGGCAUGCAAUGGGUCCAGGUGACCGGUCUGCCUUCGGGCUUUGAGCCCGGCCCAGAGCUGGUCACCGGCAUUCGGCUGCAGGCCGAUGUUCCCAUUGCCGGUACUUUCACCUCCUCCAAUGCUCGCUUGAACCGCAUCAACAAAAUGGCCCACUACUCUUUCGCCAGCAAUCUUAUGUCUGUCUUCACCGAUUAUUACACCAUGCCCAUGGGGGCCAUAUACCGCAAUUUCCACGUUGAUGGCAUGCUGCGCACUUCUAUGCGUCAUCUCGUCGAAGGCCAGUCCGUCGCCGACACGCCCAUGGCAGGUAACGUCGCUCUCAAAACACCCGUCUACGACUGGGGCUACAGCGGACGCUUUGGUGACGAGAUCAACUGGGGCAAUGCCAUUGUAUUUGUUCCCUCCUUUCUCCACGACUUGUAUGAUGAUACAACUGUCAUGUCUGCAUACUACGACCAGAUGAUAGACUUUGUCAACUACAUCCAACGCGAAAAGGUCCAGGACCACAUCGUCGACGCCGCCCUCGCCGACUGGGUCGAGAAGACGGCCGCACCUCGGGCCGCUGCGCAAGCUCUGGCCCUCGACGCCGGCCUCGUGCCGUCCGAGCACCGCGAGAAGGUCCUUGAAGCCCUCGUCGAUCUCGUAGAGUUCUACCCUUCCGCCGACGGCGAGGGUCCGCACCUGAGCGGCGGCACCAUCGGUCUCGGCCCCAUCGUCCGCGCCCUCUCCGCCGGCGGGCGCGACGACGUGCUGUGGGCCGCCCUGCAGCAAGAUGACCGCCCGAGCUACGGCUACUUCAUGGGCCCCACGCCGGAGAACCCGGACGGAUUCACGACGAUUGGCGAGCGCUGGACGCGCAGCGACUCGAAGAAUCACAUGAUCCUCGCGCAGAUUGACGAAUGGUUCCACGCCGGUGUGGCGGGGAUCCAGGCCUGCUCCCUCGGGACCAUCAGCGCGACGUGGGCCGAUAAGCUCGUAUUCCAGCCGAAGCCUGUCGGAGACCUCACGAGCGCGGCGGGCAUGUUCAGGACGAGAGCCGGCGAGGCGAGGAGCGAGUGGACGAGGGUCGGCGAUAUCUUUGCGCUGAGCGUGACGGUGCCGGCCAAUACGGAGGCCGAGGUCAGGGUGGCUGGCGAGAAAGUACGCGCGUCGGGCAGGGCCACGUUUGUUGGGGAGGAGGAGGGGUACGCCGUCUAUACGGUGCCUUCUGGGACGCACAAUUUCUCCAGCACAUUAAAGGGGACCAUGAAGAUGCGGAGCACUCCUGAGCACCCUGAUGCCCCGAAAGACGUUGAUCCUCGCCGGCGCCCCCCUCUCAUCCGCCCUGACCUGGGAUCCCUCUGGCCUCCUGAACGACUUCUCACCCCCUUCACGGCGUUCCUCAGCGAUGGCAACCCACACGAUAUCCCACCAUCCAGCAACCCAUCAUGGCGCGCCCUGCCCCUGACGCGUCAACGUCUUGAGACGCGCCUCUCGCAGGUCCACGCCUACCCCAACGCCCCCGCCUUCCAGCCAGACGCCAACUUCUUCACAACGUCCCUCACCCCAUCAAUCUCCAGCUCCGACUCUCACAACCUCACGACCCAGUUCUACGACCACUCCCUGGCGCACCACACCGCCCUGCCCUCCUCCCCCGUCCCCGGCCCCGUCCCCGGCUCCGCCGAAGAAACAACAUCCUUCCUCACAACCUCGACCUCCUUCGCCUCCAACCCGCCCGGCGCGCCUCCCCUCCCCGUCGCACCCGCACAGCAGCAGCAGCAGCACCACCACCACCACCAGGAGCAACCCCUCCACCUCUCCGACCUCGAAGACGUGCCCCCGGCCCACUCCCUCCUAGCCCUGCACCCGCAAACGGUGACCCUGAACCUCAUAGCCGGCGUCAUCGCCCCGUCGGCCCCGCGCCCCGUGCGCACCCGCUACGGCGCGACGCUGCACGUGCUCGAGCUGCUGCUCGGCGACGACACGCGCGCCGGCUUCGCCGUGACGUUCUGGCUGUCGGCGGCGGACCUCGCGGCGGCGGUGCCGUCGCUGGUGCUGCGCCUGCGGAGGCGGGACGUCGUCAUGCUGCGCGACGUGGCGCUGCACGUCUUCCGGGGCAGGGUGUACGGGCAGAGCUUGCGCAGGGGGCGGACCAAGGUCUCGCUGCUGCAUCGGGGCGGGGCGCGUGGGGAGGGGGCGGGGUGCUAUUCGGGCGCGGACCUGCGCAGGGGCGGACAUCCGCAAGUUGACAAGACGAGGAGGGUCAGGGACUGGGUGCUGCGGUUCGUGGGCGGUGAUGAUGAGGAGGGGGAGAGGGGCGCGCGCGGGGGAAAGGCCAGGAGAAGAGGGUGGGACAGACCGCCGGAUGAUACACAAUAG